AUGGGUUUCCUCAAAUAUGCUCUCCCCGCCUUGAUGGCGACCAAUGCUGUCUUCGCUGCCGACUGUGGUAGCAGCGGCAAGUCCAUCACCAUCGAAAACCAGAGCGAUGCCGACAAGUACUCCAGCUGCAAGACCCUCAAGGGUGACGUUGAGAUCAGCGAGCACGUCUCCGGUGACAUCAACAUCAACGGUGUUGAGCAGAUUGCCGGCAGUCUGACUGUCGAUGGUGCCAACAACCUGAGCUCUCUGGCCGCCUCCAGCCUGAGCUCCAUCGGUGACACCUUCAAGCUGAACGGUCUCACCACUCUCACCACCCUCAGCUUCGGCUCCCUCAACAAGGUCGGAACUGUCAAGUGGGCCGCUCUCCCUCAACUGCAGAACCUCGACUUCAACAAGGGUAUCACCGAGGCCGACGAUGUCACGAUCACCAACACUGGUCUGACCAACCUCGACGGUAUCUCCCUCAAGACCGUCGGUACCUUCGACAUCACCGAGAACCUUUCUCUCAAGACUGUCAACGUCAACAACCUGAAGAACGCCACCGGUCUGAUCAACUUCGCCGGUAACAUGGACUCCCUGGAGAUUGAGCUCCCCAACCUUGCCGGCGGUAGCAACAUGACCUUCCGCAACGUUUCUUCCGUCUCCGUUCCCUCCCUCAAGGAGCUGACCGGUCAGCUCGGCUUCUGGGGUGACAAGUUCAAGUCCUUCAGCGCCCCCAAUCUUACCGAGACCGGUGACCUGGUCUUCAACGACAACCAGAAGCUCUCCAACAUCAGCAUGGCCAAGCUCACCAAGGUCAACGGUGGUUUCCAGAUCGCGCGUAACAACAAGCUCGGCGAGAUCAGCUUCCCCGACCUCGAGACCGUCACCGGUGCUAUUGACUUCAGCGGCAAGUUCGACAAGGCCUCCCUUCCUUCCCUGAAGAACGUCCGUGGUGGUUUCAACAUGCAGAGCACUGGUAACUUCAGCUGCGACGCUUUCAAGAAGCUCGAGGAGGACAAGACCAUCCGCGGCAAGUACGAGUGCUCCGGCAACAAGGCUCACCCCACUACCAAGGACGGCUCUUCCGGUGCCAGCGGCACUGGCAGCGGCAGCAGCGCCUCUGCCUCCUCCAGCGAGGGUGCCUCCCCCAUCAACGUUGCCAACAUGCCCGCCAUGGGUCUGGCCGCCGUCUUCGGUGCUCUCGUCCAGUACGCUCUGUAA